ACAAGCCAAUAAUACCAUCAGUCCAGCAUCUACUGCGGUAGGAUAUGCAUGUCCCACGACGCCAGUUGCUUUUACAACAACUGUGAAUUCAAGUACAUCAACGACAUUUACGUCGGUAUCAACUGUUACUGGCCCAACCACUUCAUUUGUUACCUUUACAGGUGCACAAGCAAUACCCAGCGCAACUACAACUACUCUUCCUGCAAUAGAUUUUAAUAGUAAAUUAACGCCGCGCAAUGACACAAUACCAUACGAAGCUCUUAAAGUUGCAUCAGAUUUUAAAAGCAUUACUUCCAAACAUGGAUUUUCUAAAUGUGGUGGUAUCAUGGAUAUUAAUGAUUUUCGUAUACUUUACUCUGAGUCGCAAAAAACUUUUAUCCCUUUAUUUAAAGGUCGCUCACCAAUUGUUGUAAAUAAUGCAACGGGACGACUCUAUGUUCAAGUGUACGGAACAUCAGUUGCGUUAGAAUUUGAUGGUAUUCCCUGCUUUGGAGCAAAGAAUGCAAGUGCUUGUACAUCAGAUAACGUAAUUGAUUCAGGAAACACGUAUAAUCAAAAGAUAGCAAAAACUAUUGGAGGAGCUUUAAUUAAAUACGGAUAUUUUUCUUUAAUUGAAUCACUCGGUGGUUACGCAAUUCUCACAAUUCAAACUGGACCUAAUGAUCCUUAUCUUGCUUGCGUAAUGACUAAAAUUGCAGACGAUGAUAAUAUUGCAGACUCAUUUGUCACACCAAGUGCAACGACUGCUUAUACCGCUACUUCAGUAACCUUGGGUGUAGUAUGUUUGGCUCUUGCUGCCGGUGGAGUAGUCACUGUUGCUACAGCAGGAACAGGUGGUCAACCUGGACAUUUAUCUCAUUAUCAUCAUUCUGAACAUUUAACUCACCAGAAUGUUCAUCAUAACCAACUUGAUUCUCGCCAUGAUGUUCAUCAUAACCAACUUGAUUCUCGCCAUGAUGUUCAUCAUAACCAACUUGAUUCUCGCCAUGAUGUUCAUCAUAACCAACUUGAUUCUCAACCUAAAGAAAUUCACCAGGGAGGAGACACGCAAAUUCAAAUAAAUCACUCAGCAGGGAAAGAGGACCCACCACUAAAUUAUCACGUUACAGCAAAGGGAGAUGUGGGAGGAAAAGAAACUGAUGUAGUUGAUCAUCAUGUAGCAGGAGGAGGACCACCAGCGCACGUACAAUCACCAUCAUUUUAUGACUUUAUAUUUUAUACCCAAUCAAUUAUUGCUACAGGAUGGCUCUCGCUAAAUCUAACAUCUGAAUAUCGCCAAUUCACAUCAACAUUUACAUGGGCAUGUGCACAAGGAUUUAUCAAUCUUAAUAUACUUGUUUCUGCUGUUAAUAAUUUACGUUAUAGUAUUUGUAAUAUAAUUAUUAGUGAAAACACAUCAAUUCCGGGAGCAUGUGUUGAUCAAGAAAAUGGAUAUACACUGCCACCAAUAGGUUCAAAUGCUAGUGUUACAUUCGGAUCUAACUUUUCACAAUAUGCUGUAAAUCCGGACGGGUUAAAUUCAUAUGCGCAUAUAAUUGGUAUUCCUGUAGAAGACCUUCCUUUUACGUCAAUGAUUGGAUUUUUAGUUGUUAACGCUGUCGCAAUUGUGGUAGUUCUUUUGAGUGCUGGUGUAGCAGUUAUAGUGAUAAAAUAUCGACAAAAUGCACCAGAAUACUUGAAAACAUUAAGAGAUAAUGUGCAUUUAUUCUUAUUUGCACUUACAGUAUACCAACUAUCUAUCACCUAUGAUUGCUGGAUGCUCCUUCUUCUUGCCUCAAUUAUUUUAGCCUUUAUUGUCUUUAUGCAUGCAUUUAGCAUUUUACAAAUCUCCAAACUCGUAAAAUCGAAUAAUAUUCUCGAGAAUGAUGGGAAAUAUAAAUUCGUUUACUCAUCACUAUACAACCAAUUUAGGCCUGACGAGUACAUGUUUCACAGAAUCUCAAUCAUACAUACAAUCUUACGUGCAUGUGUAGUUGGUGCAGUACAAGUCAGCGGAGAAGUGCAACUUGGUGGCUUUUUUUUAAUCGAACUUUUUUACCUUAUCAUGCUCAUUAAACAUAAACCAUAUGCCGAUAAUAAAUUCGGGAAUUAUUUAAACAUAAUUCUUUCAGUUGCUAGAAUUAUUGUUACACUCCUUUUAGUUCCAUUUGUGCAUUCUCUUAGUAAUUUUAUCCCACCAAGUAUUUCAAAAAUCCUUUCACUUACAUUAAUUAUUUCACAAACAGUUGUCUUGGGCUCACUUGGAUUAAUGAUCCUUUCAAAGUUAUACAAAAUGCUUUUUAAAUCUUUUCAAAGGAGUGGAUGUAGAAAAUCUGAGGCUAAUUACGAUGAUGAAUAA